UAAUUUUGGCUAUUACAGAGCCAGACUUUGCUUUCUAUUUUGUUCACUUUCCAUUGGGUGGAUUGAAACACCCCUGUAUUAUCCAACAGUGGUAUCGCCCAAUAAAAUAUAUAGUCCUCAGGUGUGUUGACCCAUGUAGGGCGGUAAACGACCUGCCAUAUUGGUUUUGCGUUAUCAAAACGCUGUCAUCUGUACAAUUAAAGAUGGGGGAAAGGAUUCAAGUCCAAAGAAGCUUUAUUUGUUCUUUUGUCAACUGCAAUGCCACCUUCAAUAAAUCAUGGAAAUUAGAUGCCCAUCUUUGCAAGCACACAGGUUUGAAACCCUUCUCGUGCGAGAACUGUGACAAGAGCUUUUGUACCCGCUACCAGCUCACCAGACACGGGCUGAGCCACAGUGGAGAGAAGCCAUACACCUGUCAGGCUGCAGGAUGCUCCGAGGCCUUUGUCACACAUGCCAGCAUGAAGAAUCACAUAGCUCGCAUUCACCAGCACCAGGAGAAGCACUAUAAGUGUGACCAUGUGCACUGUGGGAUGGAGUUCAAUAAGAAGAACCAACUCAAAACACACCAGAUUAAACACACACAGCUGCUGCCUUUUCCGUGCAUCUUUGAGGGCUGUAAGAGAGAAUUUGCUGCUCCCGGAGAACUGAAGCGCCAUGAGAAAGUACACCAAGGUUACCCCUGUGCUGUGGAGGACUGUCCAUUCCAGGGGAAGACUUGGUCAGAGUAUCAGAAGCACAGGAAGGCUGUGCACAGAAUCAAGCUACAGUGUGAUGGCUGCAGUAAGAUGUUCCUGGAGGCAUGGUUUUUGAAGCAGCACCAGCUGCGGGUCCACUCUGGUGUGCCCAAGAGGGUGUUCCAGUGCGCCGACGCUGGGUGUGAGAAGACCUUUACCACCCACUUCAAACUGGAGAACCACGUUGUGUCAGACCAUGAGGGCAAGAUGGCAUUCUCCUGUACCCACGAAGGCUGUGGCAAGCGCUUCGCUAUGCAGGAGAGUUUGAGACUACACCGAGUGGUUCAUGACCCAGAGAGGAAAAAGCUGCAGAAGGUGCGCCCUAAAAAGAACAAGCCUUUGAGUCAGAAGAUGACGUUGGGGCCAGCCUCCACACAGGCUGAGACCAGCAGACUGGCUGACCAACUCCAUAACACCAGCUUGGGCUACUCUACAUCAUAACACCAGCUUGGGCUACUCUAACCUGGACUGGUCCAUCAGAACCAUGGGGGGAGGUAGUAAUCUGAAACCUGUGGAACAGGAACCUAUUCUUUGCUAUUUGUCAAGCGGUUUAGUUAGUUUUCAAGAGCUGAAUUUCAGUUUAUGUAUUGAACACUUAUCUAAUAAAUCCUCACCAAUGCA